AUGUCUCAUACAAAUGAAACUCGAAUGCAAACAUUACAUGAUACAAAUAAAAAUCAUCCAACAGGAGAAAAUAUUGAUCCCGAGUUAUAUCAAUUAAAAAUUCAAUUAGCAGCUAUACAAGAACAACAACGUCUACAAACAUUAAUGAUAAAACAAUUUCAACAACAAUUAAAAGUUUAUCAACAAAAACAAAAUCAUGUUGAAAAUGAAGAAAAUGUUGAAACACAACAAACAUAUUCAUGUAAUAUUUGUGGUCAUAAUUUUUCUUCUCAAUCAAAUUUAAAACUUCAUAUUGAACAGCAUCGUGAUAAAUUACCAAAAGUAAUAUCACCAGUACCAAUUGACCAUGAUCAUGAAGAUGAAAAUAUUGAAGAAGAAGAAGAAGAAGAUGAUGAUGAUGAAGAAGAUGGUGAUGAUGAUGACGAUGAAAAUAAAGGUGGAUUAAUAAUUCAAACUGAAGAAGAUGAAAGAUCUGCAACAUCACCACUUGAUUUAUCAACUAGUGAUCAUUUAUCAUCAACAUCAAUUAAAUCCGAUGAAGAACAACAAAUACCAUCAACAAUACAAUUUCAAAUGGAAGAACAUGAAGGUGAACCUGAAGAUCCAAAUAUGGCUAAAUUAAAAGAUAUGAUUGAAAAACUUGAACGAACAACAAAUAAAAGUGAUUCAAAUGAAUGUGUUGUUUGUAAACGUAUACUUUCAUGUCAAAGUGCACUUAAAAUGCACUAUCGUACACAUACAGGCGAACGUCCUUUUCGAUGUCGAAUAUGUUCCAGAGCGUUCUCUACUAAAGGAAAUCUUAAAACACAUAUGAAUGUUCAUCGUAUAACAGAUGAUAAUUGUUCAAUAAAAUCAAAAUCUUGUUCAAUUUGUCAAAAACAAUUUAAUAAUAUUGAACAAUUACGUUUACAUUUAAAAGAUCAUCUUAUUGAUCCAAAUAAUGCAUCAUUAGCUGAAGAAGCUUUACGUACAAUUGAUUCUGAACGUUCAUUAUCAAGUAUUGAUGAUGAAUCACAAAUAGAUAUUCAACGUGAUAAUCAAUCAAUUAAGCGUGACGAACUUGAAGAAGAUGAUGAUACAAAGUCAUCAGCUAUCUCAAAUUCUUUAGCUGCAGCUAUAGCGGCUGCGGCAUCAACAUAUUCAAAUGGAAAUUUAACCAAUCAUUUAUCACCGUUUAAUUUAUUUAAUCCACAAUUUUUUCCAAAUUUAGCUGCUAGUACAUUUCCAUUUUUAGCUGCUGCUGCAGCAUUUAAUAAUACAAAUACAUCUAUUAAUGAUGAACAUAAAGAUAAUAGUAUGAAUGAAAAUGGUGAAGAUUUAUCAAUAACAUCAAAAAUGUUAAUUGAUGAUACAUUAACUAAUAAUGAAAAAAAUCAUACAAGACGUUCAUCAUCUAUAUUACAACAUAUAUGUAAUGUUUGUUCGAAAAAUUUUUCAUCAGCUUCAGCUUUACAAAUACAUAAUCGAACACAUACAGGUGAAAAACCUUAUAAAUGUGAAGUUUGUGGUCGAGCAUUUACAACAAAAGGAAAUUUAAAAGUGCAUACUGGCACACAUAUGUAUCAUACACAAACAAGUCCAACUAUGGUUAAUAGUGGAGUUGCAGCACGACAACGACGACGAUAUGAUUUUCAUCCAUAUUCAGUUAAUGUAACUGAUUUAGGAAAACCAAUAACAUCAUCGCCAUCAUCAGCAAUAAUUAAAAGUGAAUCUUGA